CUCAGAUCGCUCAUCUGCACUGUUGAAGAAACACCGGGGCUGGCAGCAUGAUUCUACUCACACUUGGACUAUAUUUUCCACUCCUCUGCUAUGUGUCUUCCCUCUCUUUCGUUGAUAACGUUUUCCCAGAUCUCCAGUUGCUGGAAGCCAGAAAGAUAUUCAACCCCUGCUGUUUACUGACUCCUCCACCCCCCCUCUUCCCUCCACCACCUCCUUCACUGUGGCGGAGGUCUCUGAAUGAGAAUAGAGAUACACCAAAUGAAGGGAACUCAGAGGAGAAAAGCAAAUCCACAACCAAUGUGUGUUCCCAAGGACCUCCAGGACCUCCGGGACCUCCUGGCCCUCAGGGUCUUUCUGGACUGCUGGGACCACAGGGACCAAAGGGAGAUAAGGGUGAAAUUGGAAGGCCCGGACAAAAGGGACGCACUGGCCCUCCUGGUCUGCCAGGUCGACAGGGAACAAGCGGAUGGCAAGGACCAAAUGGCCCCAAAGGAGAGAAAGGUGACACUGGGAUAAUGGGCAUGCCGGGGGCAAAAGGAACAAUUGGACCCAAGGGCUUGCCUGGAUUAAAGGGCGAAAAAGGAACCCAAGGUUUUAGGGGGGGAAUUGGUUUAAAAGGAGACAAGGGAUCAAUGGGUGUUCCAGGAAUGCUUGGCCAGAAGGGUGAAAUGGGCCCAAAAGGAGAACCUGGAAGCUCAGGGAAUCGGGGACCCACCGGUCGCCCGGGAAAAAGAGGAAAGCAGGGCUCGAAAGGUGACAGUGGUACAAUCGGGCCCAUCGGAGCUCCAGGCCCUCAGGGGCCCAUUGGUCACCCUGGCCCCCCUGGACAGCCUGCCACAGGACUGUACAUGGUACAUAAAGGGGAGAAGGGACAACCUGGCAUUCCAGGUCGCUGCGGGUGCAGUGCUUCUUCGAGUGUCAACAACCCUUCUGACCAUCACUUGUCCUGGGGCAGUUACCCCCGAGUGCCUGCGAUUUUUGUGGUGAAUAACGAACAAGAGCUGAACCGUCUCCAGGCUGACAAUGCUCUGGCAUUUCGUAAAGAUCAGAGGUCACUUUACUUCAGAGACAAUAACGGCUGGAUGCCAAUUCAGUUGACUCCCUUUCAAUCAAUGGAGCGAGAUCCUGACCAUGACGGUUUCUGUGGAGACGGCAUUGUGCAGGUUGAGAACGGAGAGGAGUGUGAUGAUGGAAAUAAGGUGGUCACAGAUGGAUGUGUCAAGUGCAAACUUGCAUAUUGUGGGGAUGGAUAUCGCUAUGAGGAUGCAGAGGAGUGUGAUGGAAAAGAUUUUGGGUUUCACACAUGCAGAUCCUUUUUGCCUGGGUCUUAUGGACGUCUUAAGUGCACAGCUGACUGCUUCAUCGACUCCACAAACUGCAAGUAUUUUACAUGAGAACACAAGAAAACCACAAACAUCUCAUUUCAUCUGGCAGGUCCCGAGAUCCAUUUAAACGACUCCGAACACCACGGAUAAACUGAGAGUAGAAAUCAAUGAAGGAUUAUCACAAACACAUUAGCUGAACUGUUGUCAUGCUGUUGAGAACCCAUGUUGCUCACUUGGGAAAGGAACGAUCAGCAAAGUCGUGGUCCCUCACGCUCGCGGUCUUAAGAACUGUAGCAGGACUUCAGCCACCGUUCUCGCCUCUGCCCCGGCCUGGCCACCGCGAUUGGCCACAAAGAGGAAAGUGGAGACCUAAAGGUGUCCUGGAGGUAAAGGUCUAAAUACCUCGACAUAGCACUGUUUCAAAGAAAAGCUAUUUCUCAUGGCCCACCUUACUUCACAAAAGGUGCUCUGUUUGUGGAAUGCAGUACUAUAGGAUUUUGCAUGAGGCUGUAAUUGCUGUAUCAUUACCAAACUAUGUCAAAUUGAAUAUUAUGUAGACGUCUAGACCAAAUUGGUGCCAAAGGAACUCUAAGAUCCCUUUACUUUUUGGAUGAUUAAAAAAAACAUUAAGGUAAUGUUUGUGCCAGUACACUCCAUGACCAUUUAAUACUACAGUAAGGUUGCUUAAGGUUAGAAGACCCUCCUCUUCAGGGUCUCAACAGAGGCAUUUCGUGCCGCUAUCUCGCAGAUGUCGGCAUUUAGCAAAACAUUUCCAUCCAUAUCUCAGGAAACCACUUAAUCGGAACCCCUCCAUCUCCAAGCACGGAGCGGGGUGCACAUAUUCCACUUCUUUCACUACAAGCCACUUCAAUACUGUCACCUCAUCGCACGCUUCAGGAAAUGACUAGUUGUCAUGCGAGUCUAAAGAUCUUACAGUUGGGGUAAAAUAUAAUCAUAUGUGAAGGCUCUCAAUCUGUUAUUAAAAGUUUUGUACUGUCUGCUUAUGAAGGAAUAAUAUUCUGCUGCUAUUCGGGCUAAAGACUGUUGAAGGCUGGACUGUUGAUGUUGUUGUUAGUGUCCAAAAAAUGUUCUGUCCAGUCUGAAUAUACCUCAGCAUAUACAGUGUGCUUUCGAUUUUUGUGAUAACAGGAACUGAGGUGGAGAAUACAGUAUACAGCACUUACCUGAUAUAUUCAGAGAUAGCUCGCUUAAGUAUUCAUGUAACGUGACUUUUAAUUUUGAUCGACUGCAAGUCAGUUUCUCAUAAGCUAUACAAUGCAUUUGGUACAGGAACCUCGUUGCUUAUUUUCUUCAGGAUUUAUUUCUGUAGAUUUCAUGUAAAAUAUUAUUAUGGGUAUGGAAUUAAGUGUAUUAUUCUGAUGCAACUGCAUGUUUGUAUUAUUGUAUACUCUUGUUAAAAAGAGCAGAAUUGCCACGUUGAAAUGCAUCGAUGCUGUGUAGGUGCUGUUUGGCUAAACGACUGUAAAGAUAAAGUGCAUUAAGCUUGUGACUGACUGUUAUCCUCAGACUUGUACAAAACUGAGGAAAUAUGCUAGCAUCAAAUAUUGCACAACAAUUAGAAAAAAAGACUGUUUUGACCUAGUGUAA